AAGAGGGCGGGGCUUAGUCUGUGACGUCAUCUCGGUGCACCCAACGUCAAGCCGAAGGGAGGAUUUCAGAGCGGGAGGUAUAUGGGAAAUCAAUAAAAAAUAGAUUUUGGAUGUGGUAUGGUGAAUAGUAGCGUUAUAGCAUAGCAUAGCUGUCGUGUGAUCGCUCACCGAGAAUGAAUGUAAACGGCAAGGCGAAGGACUCCCUCGUCUUGAGGGAGGAGGGCAAUAGUCUGUUCAAGAGUGGAGACGUGGAGGGGGCUGUGUGCCGCUACACACAGGCCCUCAAGCUGGCGGACGGCCCGUCGGAGAAGGCAGUCCUGCAUCGCAACCGCGCAGCAUGUUACCUUAAGCUGGAGGACUAUUCCAAAGCAGAGGCGGACGCCUCCAAAGCCCUGGAUACAGACCCUGGAGACGUGAAGGCUCGUUUCCGUCGCGCUCAGGCGUUACAAAAGCUGGGCAGGCUGGACCAGGCAUUUUUAGACGCCCAGUGGUGCGCACAGCUGGAGACAAAGAACAAGACCUUCCAGGAAAUGCUGCGGCAGAUCGGAGCUCAGAUCCAGCAGAAGACAGUGCAGUCGUCCUCCACUGAUGCCCGAGUCCAGCAGAUGUUUAACCUCCUCCUGGACGCCUCCUCGCAGCCUUCUGACCAGCAGAAGGCUGCCCAGAACCUGGUGGUGCUGUCCCGGGAGGAGGCCGGAGCAGAGCAGAUUUUCCGGAAUGAUGGCGUGAAGCUCCUGCAAAAGCUGCUGGAAUUCAAGCAGGAGGAUGUGGUGCUGUCCGCACUCAGGAGCCUUGUGGGCCUCUGUACUGGACACCAGUCCAGGACUAUGGCCAUCGUCAAUGAGAUGGGGAUGGAGAAGCUGUGCUCCAUCAUGGGCUCCGAGAGCGAGUCCGUGUCCCUGGCCGCUUGUCACCUCCUGCAGGUCAUGUUCGAGGCCUUGACCCAGGGCAUGAAGAAGGACGUCAGGGGCAAAGAUGCAGCCAUCUUGCCAGAGCCGUCCAGGGAGCUGCGCUCCAUGCUGCAGCAUCUCCUGGACAUGCUGCCCGCGCUGUCCGUCUCGGGCUCCGGCCGAGACAGCGCCAUCAAUCUGCUGGUUAAGCAGGUACCCCGCAAGUCGCAGAAGGACCCCAACAAUUCGCUCACGCUGUGGGUGAUCGACCAAGGGCUCAAGAAGAUCCUCGAGGUAGCGGGAACCAUCCCCGAGGUCUCAGGCGGGCCCCCGCUCUCUGAUAACACUCACAUGAGCUGCUCUGUCCUACUGAACAAGCUGUAUGACGACCUGAAGGGAGACAAAGAGCGGGAGAAUUUCAGCCGUCUCUGCGAGGAAUACGUCCAGCAGCAUUUUGGUAGCUCAGCCCUUGACCGCAAGCUGCGCGCCAUUCAGACUGUCUCAGCACUGCUACAGGGACCCAGCGACGUCGGCAACCGCUGCCUGGAGCUGUCCGGCGUCAUGGAUGCCAUCAUCUCCCAGUGUGGCUCUCACAACCUGGUCCACCAGCAGGUGGCAGUGGAGGCCCUCAUCCAUGCAGCCGGCAAGGCCAAGAGGGCCUCCUUCAUCACGGCCAAUGGCGUGGCUCUGCUGAAGGACCUUUACAAAAAGAGUGAGAAUGAUGGCAUCCGAGUGCGGGCCUUAGUGGGCCUGUGCAAGCUGGGCUCAGCCGGAGGGACCGACUUCAGCAUGAAGCAGUUUGCAGAGGGGUCAACGCUGAAGCUGGCCAAGCAGAGCAGGAAGUGGCUGUGCAACGAGUCCCUGCCUGCAAGCUCUCGGCGGUGGGCGAUCGAGGGUCUGGCGUACCUCACCUUCGACGCGGACGUGAAGGAGGAGCUGGUGGAGGAUAAACAGGCUCUGCAGGCCAUGUUCCAGCUGGCUAAGUCUGACGACAAGACGGUGCUGUUUGCGGUGAGCUCCACGCUGGUGAACUGCACCAACAGCUACGACGUGGAGAAGCCUGACCCCCAGCUGGUGGAGCUGGCCAAGUACGCAAAGCAGCACAUCCCUGAGGAGCACCCUAAGGAUGCGCAGUCGUUCGUACAGCAGCGCCUGGCCAAGCUGCUGGGGGCCGGUGUGGUGUCUGCGCUGGUGUGCAUGGUGAAACAGGAGAGCCCCGCCCUCACCGACGCGUGCCGGGAGUGCAUCAGCAGGGUUUUCUUGGCUGUGGUUGAAAGGCAGGAGGACAGAGGCACUGUGGUGGCCCAGGGGGGCGGGAAGGCCCUGAUUCCGUUGGCGUCUGAGGGCACGGAUGUGGGAAAGAUCAAGGCCGCACAGUCUCUGGCCAAAAUCGCCAUCACGUCCAAUCCGGAGAUUGCCUUCCCUGGAGAAAGAGUCUAUGAGGUGGUGCGGCCGCUGGUGAACCUGCUGAAGCUGGAAUGCACCCUGCUGCAGAACUUUGAGGCCCUGAUGGCGCUGACCAACCUGGCGGGCGUCAGUGAGAGGCUCAGGCAGAAGAUUAUCAAGGAGAAGGCCGUGCCGAAAGUGGAGGGCUACAUGUUCGAGGACCAUGCGCUUGUCCGUGCUGCAGCCACUGAGUGCAUGUGUAACCUGGUCCUGAGCACGGAGGUUCAGAAGCUGUUCGUUGCCACGGGUAACGACCGUCUGAAGUUGCUGGUGCUGUACAGUGGGGAGGAUGACGACAGGCUGAGGAAGGCUGCCGCAGGCACGCUGGCCAUGCUGACCUCAGAGCAGCCGGAGCUUUGCAGCCGCAUCCCCGACACGACGAGCCACUGGCUUGAGAUCCUGCAGUCUCUGCUGCUCAACGACAACGUGGAGCUGCAGCUGCGAGGAGCCGUCAUCACCCACAACAUGAUGCAGGCCGAGCGCAGCCUGGCUGAGCAGCUCAUGGACAGCGAGGCCCUGGAGAUCCUCUCAGUCCUGGCCAAGGGGGGAGCCCCGGGACAGGGCCCCGUCGCCAGAACAGCCAAGCAGUGCCUAGAUGUGGCGCUGGAAUACGGCUUCAUCAAAAGCACUGGCGGCCAGGGGGAGGGGGGCCAUUCUGCCGAGCCCUAACGCCAUGGGGCUGGGCUGGGCCGGGCAUGACAGCACGUCACAUGACACACGACUUCCAUGAAGUGUAGCCCGAACUAUUUAUAUUCACUUUGUUUCUCAUCACAGGUUCUGAAGCUAAAAUGAGACCAAAUUUGUUGCCUCUGCUGCUCACACACUGUCGGUUUUCCAUUGUCUUUUGCAUUCCAAAGUCCCUUUUCUACUUCCCAGUGGAAUACGAUGCUUCACUUGAAAGCAAUGCAAAGCAGAAUAUGUAUGUAGCUUAGGCUACUGGGGCUACCUGUGCCUUUUUAGAAGUAUUUUUUAAGUCCAGCACAAUUCCAUUGUUUUUAAAUAAUUAACUGUAAACAGAUAUUAUCAUUGCACUAAUAAAUAAUUAUCUAAAUCUUA